AUGAAACGGGAAGGAAUUGAUCAUAAGAAAUUGCAAACCCGAGUGAAAAACCGAGAAAAAACCCAGGAGUCUGCUGUGUACGUGUCCCAACCAAUGGUGCUGGCCUUGGAGAACAAUGUUCAAGAGAAAGAGAGAGUCAUCAAACAGCUGCAACAGAAAUACCUGCAGUUGAAAGAGUCUUUCAGUUACAACCUGCAGUUGAUUGCACAACGGGACCAGGAGUUGCAACAAUGGGAGAUGCAGGUCAAAGACUUAAGCGCCAAGCUCAAUGUUACGAAUGCCUUGAAGAGUGAAUGGAAAAUUGAAGAGGAAAAAUAUGAAGAACGCUUGGAACGCAUGGAACAGCAACGAACUGAAGAACAAGCAUAUUGGCAGAGACAGUUGCGAGAGAGGGAGGAGGAGAUAGAGAUGUUGAGAAGGGGCAAGAUGUGUAAACUGGAUGAGGAACGAAGACUCUACGAGGAACUGAAGAGAGGAAUGGAAUGGAAUAUGGUGGAAUCACAGGAGACCAUUCUGGAGGAACGCAGACGAAUGGAGCAAGGCUUUGAUGCAGCUUUGAAGAAGCGAGAGCAUGAAUUUCGCCUCAAGGUCGAUGAAAUGAACAACACUCUACGAAUAGAAAACUUACAGCGACAGAUAGUGUCCAAAGAACUUGAGCAGUUGAAGGAAAGUAUACAAGAGAGGGAGAAAGACUUGCUCAAGACUGAUGCUGAUUUGAAACAGAUGGAGAAAGUUUUGGGUGAGAAAACACUUCAGAUGAGUGACCAGGUGUCCAUCUAUGAAGACAGAUUGAAAGAGCUCUCUCUUCAGCUGGUACAGAGUGAGAAAAGCAGGGAAAAACUGUUACAGGAGCUGGAGUUGAAGUUGAACAAGUGUGACCAGAGGCUGCGAUCAAGAACUGAAGAGGUGUCCAAGCUGCAAGCGUGCGUCACUGAAAAGGACAGAGUUUACAUGUCAGAGGUCAGUGAUCUCCAGAUGCAACUUAACACUGCACAGUUGCAAUUGUCAGCUGCAACAGAAGAAUUCAGCACCAAAAUGCUGGAGAAAGAUGGAGAAAUUGAGAGGUUGUUGCAUCAGCCAAGGGGAACAGAACAUGACAUCAUGGUUGUUGGAAGUGGUGGUGGCGGUGGUGGUGGUGGUCACGUGGAAGAGAUGAUGGCACAGCUGCAGGAAGAGAACCGUGAGCUGCGGACUGUCGUGACCACCAUGCGGGAACAGAUGUCCGAACUAGAAAGGAACCCCAUUGUAAAGCCCACCACAGACUGUGCUAAUUCCACUCCUGCCCCCUCUGGAAUUGACAACAACAACAACAACAACAACAACAACAACAACAACAGCAGCAGCAGCAAUACCAGUCAUCCCGUUUCCAAUGAAUAUGUGAAGAUUCUGGAAAAGAGUCUGAAGGAGAUGAAGGCAGAGAACAGAUUGUUGAAGCUGAGCCGCGGGGACAGUUUAGCCCCAGGUGACCAACAAACUGAGAUGAAGGAUGAAGCUAUGGGGACGGAGUUGUCAAACGAUGCUGUGACCUGUGCUGAUGUCAUCUCGUUAAGUCUAACUGUUGUGUUGACCAGUCACACCAACGAUGCUAAUAACAUAGGGGACAGCUCAGCUCCUUGUGGUGGUCAAAAUACCGUGAGAACACAAACUUCAGAAUUGGAGAACCUCCAGUACCAACUCACCAAACUGGAACUCCAAUAUGCUCAGAAAUACAAGUAUACCAAGGAAUCAGACCAAGAGAGACAGCCGCAACCUGAAGUUUUCUGCCAGCCUCAAGUGCCUGAUAAAUCAGUGGACAGUGGAACCCCCAGACAGGCUGGUAAUCGAAUCCAGAUGCCAAUAGAGUCUUCCCUUGAGGAUUAUGAGUCCCUGUACAGUGUGUGGAAAUUAUUGGAAGACAAAUCCACCAUCAGCAGUGCAAACCCACCUUCUCCGUCACCACCACCACCUCCAGAUAAUAACACUGAGCUACGUCCGAUCCAAACCCAGAUGACCCUUGUGAAACGUCCCACACCAGAUCGACCAACCAAAGGUAAAAACACGUUGAAGAAAGUGUCUAGAGGUUCCAAAGUUAGGAACUACAAUAUCAAAGAUGAUACCAAACACCUGUGAAUGGCCAGCACCUGUCAGUGGUCAGCACACUUCAAUGACCACCAUCUUUCAAUGGUCACGAUUUUUCAGUGGUGAGCACUUCUUGAAUAGCCAGCACUCUUUGAAUGGCUACUGCCCCAGAAUGGCUGCCACCCCUCAAUAGCCAAUGCUCCCCCAUGACCAACACCCCUCAAUGGCAACUACCCCUCAAUCACUACCACCACUCAAUGACCACCACCCCUCAAUGGAUGCAUCUUCUGUUGAAUGGUCACAUCAUAGCUUUCCGGUUCAAGCUUAUUUCUUGGAAAAGCUCAACCAAUUGGAACAGCAUGUGUUAUUUAAACUUCUUAAAAAUGUCAGCAUAUUUAAGGUUGAUCAACUACUGUGAUUUUUACAGGGUUUCUGAAACUGACAGGGAGAGAAGAGCAAAGACAGAAGUGACUACAACAUAUGGAUUUUGCCAGAAACCCUAUUUUAAUUUAUGUGAAUCCCAGUAGAGGUUAUUAGAAUUUGCCAGAGAUCUUCUUUUAAUUUAUGUAAAUCCCAGUAGAAUUAAUUUUCUGUUGGUGAUCUUGAAACGUUUCUGUACUUUGAGACACCUGUCAGGAACAAGUGGAGGAAGAUAUGAGUUUAAACCCCAGGAAAUCAGUCUACCUCAUGAGAUAUUAAUCUUUGAGCUGAGCCACUGUCAUAUCUGGCUUUUGUGAGUUUUCAAUGGAUGAAGACUCAGUUCCACCUGAACACAUUUCUAACAAACAGUCACACUACUCAAGAGAGGUUGCUGCAAGAAACAAAAGUUAAAAGACGUGGAGUCCUUGUCAGACCUGAGGACUUCACUAAAUGCAGGAUAUUGUAAAAUACAUGCAAUAACUGAAUGGUAGCUGUCUCAAACUGGAUGACAGGUCAGGUCUACCCUACAGAAUAAUGAUCGAGAAAUAUGCAAUAAAUAUACAAUAACAACUUGGUUUUUAAUUUGUACCAUUAGUACAUUACUGUGUGCAGGCGAAUGGAGAGUUAAGAGGCUUGCUCAAGAAAUUUAUACACUUCAGUCUUUGCUGGAAACUUUUGAGAUAUCCAUUGGACAGACCAGACCAGAAUUUGAGUAACUUGUAGCCUUAAAGCCACAUGAGAUGUUUUACAUCUUUAAGAACUGCUUUCUAGAAAAAGUGGAUCUUGAAUUACAACAAAAAUUAUAUGUUGUUGAUUUUAAAGUAAGCAGACACACAGACAGAUAUAGUGUGUAAAUGUUGACUGGAUAGAUGGACACAGCGUGCAGAUGUUCAAUUGAUAGACAGACACUGUGCAGAUGUUGGCUUGAUAGAUAGACAUGAUAGAUGAUGAUUAUGAAACGUUAAAGACUUUUUCAAUUCCCGAGCGUUACACUAAUACAUCUAUUUGUUUUCUACACCACC